UUGCAUCUACGACGACCUCAUCGGGCCAGGGUGACGAGCGCUACUGAUCGAUGACAAGACUCAAACCCUUCCUUCUCUGUCACGGCCCGGCCAUAAUUAUCGGCACCCUGAGCCACAUGGAGCCCAAUCCAUCAGAGGCCCGCCCGCCACGCUGGGGGCCAUGAUGCAUCGGCGGGCGAGGCGUGCCAACCACGGGCUCGACGCUUCUUUUUGAGAUCUGUCGCGCGCGCUUGACCUCCCCACCAUCUUCCUUGCCCCACCACUCUCUUCCCCGCACUCAAUCCCCCCUCACCAUGACUACCACCUCCUCCCCUCGCGUCUGGCUGAUCACAGGCGCCAACUCUGGUAUUGGGCUUGCGCUCGCGAAGUAUGCACUUGACCAGGGAGAUAGGGUCAUCGCGACUGCGCGCGACUUGAAGAAGAUACCAGCUAGCAUAUCUGCGGCGAAGCCCAUCCGCCUGGACUUGAACGCGUCAGACGAGGAGAUCAGGCAGGUCGCGGCGGAUGCACUGAAGAUCUAUGGCCGGAUAGACAUCCUCAUCAACAACGCAGGCGUAGGCCUCCCUGGCACCAUUGAACACGUCAGCGACGCCGCCCUGAAGGAGAACUUCCAGACGAACGUCUUCGGCCCGCUCUCCCUCACCCGCGCCCUCGUCCCUACCUUCCGGGAGCAAAAGUCCGGCGCCAUUGCGUCCAUCUCCUCGCAGGGCGGCCUGCUUUCCUGGCCGGGCUUCUCCUCCUACUGCUCCACCAAGGUCUCCCUCGAGUUCUUCAUGGAGGGUCUCGGGCAGGAGCUUGCGCCCUUCGGCGUCAAGGUGCUCAUUAUUCAGCCCGGACUCAUCCUCACGGACUGGUGGACGAAGGCCGCGGCGGUGCAGAACAAGCAGGCGAACGAGGUGUACCCACAUAUCCCCGGGCUCGAGGCGACGCUCGAGUGGGGCAUCGGCACGGGGUGCGUGAGCGACAUAACGAAGGCCGUGCAGAGGAUGUACGAGUUCGUGACGGGGACGGGAGAGGCGGGCGCGGCGCGGAAGGACGAGUUUAUACGGCUACCUUUGGGGAAGGAUUGUGCGAGCAUCUUCAAGGGCCGCAUCGAGCACCUGCAGAAGAACCUCGACGAGUACUUGCCGAUCACGAACUCGAUCAACUUGACGGAGGAGCAGCUGGCGGAGUUGAAGAAGGCGCGCGCAUGAUGUGCUGCAGAGGAGUGAUGUGCGAAUUUCGGUUUGUAUUACAGCCUAUCAGAACACCAAAUGGAAA